CUGGUCAAUAUCAAAAAGGAUUUCUACCCUACUGAAAAAAGUUCAGCACCCAAUCACAGCUCUAAACCCUAUUCGCAACACUAAAGAAUUUUUCAUCGAAUUUAUAUCGUCAAACAAAAUCCAAUGGAAGUGCAAUGUGAUAAAUGCAAGUUACCAAUUCCACUGGCAAAGUGCUUAACCUGCACCAAAUGUGAAAACCAUUACCAUAGCGAAUGUACAAAGAUGGAUAAUUCCACACCAUAUCAUAGCUGGAGAUGCGAUGGUUGUACGUCAUCACGAUCAGGUACUCACGCAACUCUUGAUUUGGAACGGUUGCAAGAUGAGAUAAACACCGAGAGAAUAUCUAUGAACAAACGCUUCGAUAUUCUACAGAAGCACUUUAAUACAUUGAAAACUAGUAUUGAUGUCCAACGAAAUCAUUCCGAUAUGAGCGCCAAACAGCUGUUCGCACCCGAAGUGAACAAACCUGAUGUUGAUGGAAUUUGCAGAAGCGAAAACGAUAGAAUGGGGUUGGAAUCGGGAUUGCAGAAGAUGUUUGCUCGUCAGGUGAUUUCAUCUGACUUACCUGUUUUCAAUGGAAAACCUGAAGACUGGCCGAUCUUCAUUAGCUGUUAUAAUAAUUCUACCAAAGCAUGUGGCUUCACUAACGUAGAGAACUUAAUGAGAUUGCAGAGGUGUCUUCAGGGUCCAGCACGUCGAGCCGUCGGUAGCAAACUACUUCUUCCUGAAUGUGUGUCUCAGGUCAUCGAUACACUACGUUUACUGUACGGUAGACCCGAACUACUAAUAUCAACACUCAUUAAACAGAUUCACGACACACCAGCUCCGAAAAACGACGAUCUCGACUCGUUGAUAGCGUAUGGAUUAGAGGUUCGAAAUUUAUCGGAUCACAUGGUUGCUGCUGGUUUGGAAUCUCAUUUAAACAAUCCAUGCCUUCUUCAUGAGAUGGUAAACAAACUACCGACACACUUGAAGCUGCAAUGGGCCUACGACAAGCGAAAAUUUAACGAUGUCACUAUUGCUACCUUUAGCAGCUUUAUGUCUAAGUUGGUAGAGGCGGCCAGUCAAGUUACAUCCAACGUAACAUUUGAUCUGGAUACUCAACGGGAUGAACACAGUGCCAGUUACGACAGUGAUGAAGAGAGAAGAUCAUAUCGACCAUCGUCAAAUAGCAGCCGAAGGGAACGACGUAAGCGUUGUUAUGUAUGCAAAGGGAACUAUCAUCGGAUUCUCACUUGCUCGGUAUUUACUUCGAUGUCCGUGAGUGAACGUUGGGAGAUUGUAAACGAAGGCAAACUUUGUCCUUGCUGCUUGAAUCGUCAUCUGCCUUGGCCAUGCAGGACUGUUAGAAGCUGUGGCAUUGACAACUGUCAAUUGAAGCACCACCCAAUGCUACACUUAACGAUCAAUGAAAUUCCGUCAACCAGUGGUUGUACGAUAGAUGUGAGUAGUAAGGAUCGCUACCUACUGAAAUACAUCCCAGUAUCGCUAUAUGGCAAAGUGAAGAAAAUCGAUACUUUUGCCUUUAUUGACGAAGGAUCAUCGCAUACAAUAAUGGAACAAAAACUUGCAAAGGAACUAGGGGUAGAAGAGGAUUGCAGUACAGUAAACCUAAAAUGGAUUGAUGGUACAGUUAGAAAAACUAUGUCUAAAAUAACAACUGUAGGAAUUUCUGAAACAGGUAAAACAAAUCAGUUUUCGUUGAACAAUGUUUCUACAGUUAAUCGGCUAGAUUUACCACUCCAAACUUUUGAUUCAACAACAAUCCGUCAUUCGAAUAAACUUCCAAUUCCAAAUUACUUAAAUGCUAAGCCACGUCUCUUGAUAGGUUUAGCUGAUGCACAUUUAGUGGCACCGUCCGUAGUUCAUGCGGAUGAAGUAAAUAAACUGAUCGCUUUUAAAUGUCAAUUAGGCUGGUGCGCGUAUGGUUAUGAUUCAAACCAAGUUUCAAAAGGUGUAUAGAGUUGAGGCAAAACAAUCGCUUAGUUUUUUUGGUAUCAAAACUAUUCAAAUAAUUCUGUUACGGGUGGGAGAAUGUUGCGAUGUUAUUUUGCAACAUUUGGUUCAACCAAAUUUAGUUAAUGUUGAAACUACCUUCCCUUGCUACGCUUUAGUAAUAUCUGGAUAGACUGGCAAUGAGAGUAGAAUUGGAAACAUGAGUGGUUCAAAGAUUAAAAGUCCAACGACAAUACAAGUUGCUUUGUGUGAACCGAAAUAAAGAAGAGUUAAGAAGUUCAUCAUAAAUUACAAAUAAACCUGUAACAAACCGAUCCGGCGUAGCCGAAGCCAUACAAGAUUGCUGAUUAGGAGUAGGAGCUAAAGUAGUGAUUGCACUGAAAAAUUCUUUAGCUGGUCAAUAUCAUACCGGAUUUCUACCCUGCUGAAAGAAGUUCAGCACCCGAUCACAGCUCUAAACCCUAUUCGCAACAACUA